AUGGCCACAGAAACAUCACAAUAUCCUUCACGAACGCCUACAGUCAUGUCCGAAAAGCAUCUGUCCGCCUCCUACAUUACUCCUCACUCACCAAAUCGAAGACCCGUCCGCGCUCAGAGUACGAGAGCGAGCGACGGCACGGUUAGCACAAGGAUGAGUGUCAACAGCAGCGCCGGAAGAUUGUCAGAAGCUACAAAUAUCACUCAACCACCCUCAUACUCGAAGAAGUUUGUCGUUGUAGGAGAUGGAGGUUGUGGUAAGACCUGUUUAUUGAUCAGCUACGCACAAGGAUACUUUCCAGAGAAAUACGUCCCGACGGUAUUUGAAAAUUACAUCACACAGACUACACACAAACCUACGGGGAAGACAGUCGAGCUGGCACUGUGGGAUACAGCAGGACAAGAAGAAUACGACCGUCUGCGACCACUGUCAUACCCGGAAACGGAUCUGCUUUUUGUCUGCUUCGCCAUUGACUGCCCCAACUCCCUCGAAAAUGUCAUGGACAAGUGGUAUCCUGAAGUUCUUCACUUCUGCCCUACAACUCCUCUUAUCCUCGUGGGCUUGAAAUCCGACCUGCGCUCGAAGCGAACCUGCAUCGAACUUCUCCGCACCCAAGGCCUAACACCAGUGACGCCGGAUCAAGGCCAAGAUGUGGCCAGGCGAAUGGGAGCCAGAUACAUCGAGUGCAGCGCCAAAGAGAACAAAGGCAUCCAAGAAGUAUUUGACCUGGCCAUCAACACGGCCAUUCAAACGGAGGAGGCCAGUUACGAAACCAAACCAAACCCCAAAGGUGUCAAAGUCAAGAAGGCAAAGAAGAGGAAGUGUGCCAUUCUGUGA